UUUUUGACGCACUUGGGAGGUUAAGGAGGGGCACCGAGAGAAGGCACGGACCCAUGAAGCACUCCGUACUCGAUUCCGCGAUCUCUGUCAGCGCUAGUCAUCCUUUGAUGCAAUGAUCCCUGCUAGCGCGGAUGAAUCAUUGUGAGCCAUGCUUGGCGUCUCACUUGGAUGUUGGUCUUGACCACCAACCAAUCGAAGGGAUUUCGGCUAGGAGUGUGGCUGGGUAUGGGCGGAUGCAGACGGAAACUUUGUCCACCGAUUGUCCGGAGUCAGGUCACCAAUUGGGGAACGGGAUGGCAGAGGACCCCGAGCACUCACGUUAUUGCAUUGAUAAUUUCAAGAGUUUAUCCCAUGCGACUUUAACCCCGUUAUUGCUGUUUGGAAAGAAGCGCAAGCUGCACAAUUUGCUUAAUUUGUCCAUUUAUUCACGCAUGCAACAAGGUGCCCCGACAUGUACAUGUCCAUAUUCCCGUACCAAACGUCGAUUUGACUCGGAAGGCAUUCAGCCGCCAUCUUUUCUGUGGCUCCAGCCGUUCGACCGUCGACGUCUUCAUCUUAGGCGUCUAACAAAGUUGAUUGGAGCUUUGUUAUGUUUUGCAACUAGGCCUCCACUGUUCUACGUCGCCCUUCGGCAAAUAUGCUACACCAUUGCUCUUCUCUGCCUGUAUUUUGUCUCAUAUUCAUAUGUCGGAAGGCAUGGCCAACUCCCGACCGGUCAAGUGGAAAUCUUUCUUGGCAAACAAGAGCCUCAUGCAGUGUUCAGCCAUACUUGACGCCUCGAUAACAUGCUCAUCGCUUAAUUAUUUGGUACGGAGUCUGGCGACGCAACGAGGCUGAAAUUGGGCGUGACUAUCUCUUGUCAGCGGUAUCUGAUUAGAAUCCAGCCUUGUUGGCGUAUACGCUUCCUAGCCACAAGAAUAAGCUGAGUCUUUCCUGAAUGGAACUUCAUGUCUCCGCCAUCGUGGCCAACAGAAAGUGAGAGAAUAACCUUGAAAAGCUUGGGAGUGG